UCUUUACUUAUUCCACGCGCGUGUCCUCAUAGUCGCAUCAUUAUCAUUGAUUGUCCGCCUUGCUUUUCCCCAACCAUCAUCCGCCGGUGGACCCUGGUAGAGUUCAACUGCCUCCGAAUUUUCCCUCCUUCACUGGCACAGAUUUGCCGGCUUACUUCUUCGGCCUUUCGAUUGCAUUCCCCACCCUUUUUCUCCGUCUCUUUUUUAUCGCUCGCCUCUGGCCCUUUCCUUUAAACCCACCCUCUCCCGCACGCAUCCUUCUCCUACUCAUCCGAACCAUACUGCAGGGGUCGACAUACACACGAAGGACAUCACCAUGUCUGCAAAGCCAGCAGACGCCUCCCGGCCUCGCGCCGCUGACCCCAAGAAGGUCCACAUUGCCGACACUGUCAUGACACGCGGCAACUGGUACAAGCAUGUCAACUGGCUGAACGUCUUCCUCAUCAUCGGUAUCCCCGUGUACGGCUGUGUCCAGGCCCUUUGGGUGCCCUUGCAGGUCAAGACUGCUAUCUGGGCCGUCAUCUAUUACUUCUUCACUGGUCUCGGUAUCACCGCAGGAUACCAUCGUCUCUGGGCUCACUGCUCCUACUCUGCUCGUCUUCCUCUCCGUAUCUGGCUCGCCGCCGUUGGUGGUGGUGCCGUCGAAGGUUCCAUCCGCUGGUGGGCGCGUGAUCACCGGGCUCACCACCGCUAUACCGAUACCGACAAGGACCCCUACUCCGUCCGCAAGGGUCUGCUCUACUCUCACCUGGGAUGGAUGGUCAUGAAACAGAACCCCAAGCGUAUCGGCCGCACCGAUAUCUCCGAUCUCAACGAAGACCCUGUUGUCGUCUGGCAGCACCGCAACUACCUCAAGGUCGUUUUCACCAUGGGUUUGAUUGUUCCCAUGCUCGUGUCCGGUCUUGGCUGGGGUGACUGGUGGGGUGGUUUCGUCUACGCUGGUAUCCUGCGUAUCUUCUUCGUCCAGCAGGCCACUUUCUGCGUCAACUCUCUGGCCCACUGGCUCGGUGACCAGCCUUUCGACGACCGCAACUCUCCCCGUGACCACGUCAUCACUGCUCUUGUCACUCUCGGCGAGGGAUACCACAACUUCCACCACGAGUUCCCCUCCGACUACCGUAACGCUAUCGAGUGGCACCAGUACGACCCGACCAAGUGGAGCAUCUGGGCCUGGAAGCAGCUUGGUCUGGCCUACGACCUGAAGAAGUUCCGUGCCAACGAGAUCGAGAAGGGUCGUGUCCAGCAGCUCCAGAAGAAGCUUGACCAGAAGCGUUCGCGUCUCGACUGGGGUACCCCUCUCGACCAGCUGCCCGUUAUGGAAUGGGACGACUAUGUCGAGCAGGCUAAGAACGGCCGUGGUCUCGUUGCUAUUGCCGGUGUUGUUCACGAUGUGACCGACUUCAUCAAGGACCACCCUGGUGGCAAGGCCAUGAUCAACUCUGGUAUUGGCAAGGACGCUACUGCCAUGUUCAACGGUGGUGUGUACUACCACUCCAACGCUGCCCAUAACCUUCUCUCGACCAUGCGUGUGGGUGUGAUCCGCGGUGGCUGUGAGGUUGAGAUCUGGAAGCGGGCCCAGAAGGAGGGCGCCGGCUAUGUUCGUGACGAUGCCGGCCAGCGGGUGAUUCGGGCUGGUGAGCAGGUCACCAAGAUCCCCGAGCCCAUCCCCACUGCCGACGCUGCGUAAGCGGCGCGAUGUCCAUGACCCUUUCGCCUUAUAUUCUGAUGUACCAUUUGCGAAUACGCUGUGUUUCCCACUCCGACGAUCCUUCGUCUUUUAAUUAGCACUCGGGGCGUUCAUUCUUUCGUGUGUAUGGCGUUGAUGGAGUUGGCCUACUUUUUUAUGUCGACGGAGCGAGUUUUGAGUCGACGCGGGUUUACCUAUUUCAUUUGAAAAAAAGCGACGAGAUGUGACGAGGAACAUCGAUUGUUGAA